UCAGCACUGUCAUAACGCCACGCAUGCACCGUCAUAAACAUCGCACCUGCGUAAGAGAGCAUAUUUUUAAGUAACCGAUGAAGCGUGACGACUCUACAGACUAUAGGUGUAUAAGGUCCGUGUCUGUUCGCACUCCCAGGGGACCGCUCGCCCAGUUAAUUCCUGUUAAUUCUAUGCAACCAUGUCAGCCCGGAAGUUGAGCGGAGUGAUGAUGCGCAGAAAGAGCAGCGAGGGUUUGCUGGAUACAGCAGACGACUUGGCGGAAAAACUGGACUGUCUUGGCGACAUUUUGGAAGAGAUCGACCAGAAGUAUAGCGAGGCUGUUGAGGAAGAGUGCAUCAAAGAGAAAGAGCAUGGCACCAACGUCCGACUGUACAGGCGCCUGAAAGAAGGACUGGAGUCCGCCAGGACGCUGAUUGGAUGUCUGAGGCGGGAAAAAUGGAGGCUCAACAGACGGAGAAUGAGCGUGGAACUCAGACUUGACGAAAUGGAGGACUACAAACAACAUGUCAAGACUGACAUGACGAGUCUUAACGACACAGUCGAUGUCUUGAGUUUACGCCUCGUUCAGCUGGAGAAUGAUUUGGUGGAGCAACAGGAAAUCCAGGAGGAUCUGGAGGCGGAGAGGGCGGAGCUUCAGACGCAGGUCAUCCGACUAGAACUCAAGUGUAAAGAUCUACAAGAAGAGAAGGCUAUUUACCAGGAAGAGGUCAAAUCAAUCAAAAGACAGCGAUCUAAUGCGUCCCUUCAGUUGGAGAAUGACGAACUCAUGUCGGACAUUGAAGUGCUACAGGAAGAAAACAAAAACCUGAAAGAAAUGAUCCGCGCACUAGAAGACGCGAACAAUCCCAAAAACCAAGAUGGCGGCUCAAAUAUGAAUGGCUACAAAAACUUACAGAACAUUGAGAGAAACAACAACAAAUUGCCAGGUAAAACGAACUUUGAACUGCUGAUCAAUGAACAGAGUGAAUCAACGAGCCUGUGAUCUGUGAUUUAUGAACGUAUUAGAAUGAGAGUGUACCCCUGGGUGUGUUCGAAAUGCAAUACUUGAAAUCAUAAAAACCGAGCGAAUAAUCAUUUAGGCACCCAGAGAGCACAACAUAUUGACAAAGUGUAGUGAAAAUCAUGGGAGCUACACUCCAUUAUCAAAUAUUGCAUAGAACAAUACAUCUUGAAGAUUGGACAUUUGAUGUUUGAUCGUUGCAGCAUUAUCCAAGCAUAUGAUCGUUCUCACUACAGCUGCCUUCUCAGAAGUCGCUUAUUGUUCACCGUAGUAGAUAUAGUCCUGUACAUUGGAACAUUGCACAGCCAUGUUAGUUUGUCAUUGUUUUGAUGGCUUUGACGGUUGUUGGUAUCAUUUUAUAACUUGGAGUCUUUCGUUUUGCACUUUUGUAUGAUGAAAUAAAGUUUGAAAAAGUUA